AUGGUGACGUUCUUUCUUACAGCGAAGACUUUGCUUUAUUUCCGCGUCAUCUUAUUGACUGUCGGAUGCUUCCUUUUGGUAACUGACCCCGAGUACUUGAGCAAUGCCGGCUUUGUAAUGCUCUUGGGACAAGCGAUGGAAGUAACAUAUGCUCCAUUAGAAAGCUCCAAUGCCAUAAUAGGACUCUUGGUGUUGUUUUUGGGGAUUAAUGCCUUGACGGACGUGAUCCCCUUGCUUGCUGAUAACUUGGAGUUCUUUGAGACCAUCGUCCCCACGAGAUUGACGGUGUAUUUUGCGGUUGCUGCCUAUUCUUAUAUUGGCAACAGUCAGUACUUUAGUACCAGUUUGGUGUUUGUGUAUUGUUUCUUGGAAGUGUGGAUCAACUUCUUGAUCUUCAACAACUUGCGGGACGAGAAGUAUGUUCGACUCAAGAAGUUUGUGGAGGAGAAUGUUGACAAGAUCAUGGAGGUAGAAGGUGAAAAGGUAGUCGUCGUUGAAGACUAA